UGGGCCUUGACAUAUGACAAACAUUGAUGUCACGACGUUGACUGCCGAUUCUGGCCCAGGGGCAGCAGUUGUAUGGCUCAGCGAGGCUUGCCCCGACCGAACUUUACAUGAUCACGGUCUAACGUCCGCACGCUUUCAGGCUUGCCAAGUCUUACUACCGAACAUGAGCGUGAUUGUCACGUUGCAGGCUAUUCAGUUUUGCUUCGAUUGGAUCAUCGCUACUGUGGUGGCUGUGAAUUGGUGCUACACGUUCAAAAUGUCCUUUCCGCAGUACUCCGAGACUACCCUAGGCUGGGGGUUGUACACAUUGUUCUUGUUGAUGUUCAUGCCUUUGUUGAAGUCUGAGCUUAUGCACCAGCUGGAGAGAGACGACGGGAAAGACACGAAGCUUACGCUGCAAGGUUGGCGCUAUAUGCUGAGCAUCACCUGUGGCACCGCUGUCGGCACUGCGAUGUCCGGCUUAGCCGCCUUGGUUUUCCCGAAUUUGGCCAUCGUGAGCGUGUUUAGAAUCGGCUGUCCGACUGGUUUGUUUGUGGCGGUUCCGGUCACAAUCGUAUUCAUAUUGGCACAGUCUUACAUGGAGUGGUUGUACCACAUCGGGUUGCCUGGCUACUCGAAGAACGGUUGGCUCAAGUCCGUGUUGACGAUCCUCUUGUGUUCCACGUGGAGCACCCUGGGAUACAUUUGGAACGGCGUCUGGGACAAAGAGUUGCAGCUCAUCGAUGCGUACUCUGCCGCGGAGUACGCCUACCUCUUCACCAACACGACGAACGCGACAGUUCCCCGUCAGUUCUCGUAUGGGACCCCGUCAGCACUCCUUCUGCAGUCAGGUGAUCGGCAGAAGUUCCAGACCAUCACUGACAUGAUGCUGGGCCGCUGCACCAUCGAAGGUGCAGCUCUGUCGGUCACUUGGAAGGCAUACAAGGCAAUCGUUACGAAUAUCCUCGCGAUGACGCUGCUGUACGUGAUGCCCGAACCACCACCAGUGGAUGACAAGCUCUGGGUGACGAGGCGCGUGCGUCUGUCCGCGCAGAUGCUCACCCUCACCGUGGCGUCCUACGCGACAACCGACGCAGGCUACGAUUUCGGCAUGGAGUACGUGACGGCCCUCACCGACAGCGAAGUUCUGGGCCUGUUUGCCGCGUACACGUACGCGGUGAUUCUAAGUUCUAUUGUUUGCGCCGUCAGUUGCAUCUGCCGCUUCCGAACGCAGACCCAGUUCCAACAGUGGAUAUUCUUGAUGGCUUGCUACGACGUCUGUUACGCGUGGUGGUACUGCUGGCAGGAGACACUCUACCAGAUCCAGGGGUACGGCCUCAGCAUGAUCGACGGCCACUGGUAUACGGACUGGGUCGACUUCUCCAUCGCGAUGCUCCAAAACUUUCUGAUGACGCUGCUGUGGGUCGUCUGCGUGAGGCAUGUGUCCAGGUUCGCGGUGGAGAACGCGAUACGCAAGGCGGAGAAGCGGGGAACGCAUGACGACGAGCUGGACCUGCAGGGCGUCCUCAACGCCGGCAGCAUCACCGACUCCUUCCGCUUCCUGGCCGCCUGCUCGGGCCUGGACCUCGACUCGGUGGACGCCCUGCGCAAGGACAGCGAGCCCAAGUACGGCGCCGACGCCCUCGGCGGCGGCGGCGCCGACCUGGCCUGCGAGGGCGGGGGCGCCUGACCGCCCGAUCGCCCCCGGCGUGCGGCACUUUCUUCGCCGCGGCCCCGCGGCUGCUUCGGAGGCAGCGAUGGGGGGGGGGGAGCGGCGGCAGCAGCUGCGGGAGCGACAGCGGGCAGCGGCAGUUCCUCUCGACCCCCGGGACCUCUCCGGGAGCGCGCCUGCCCUGAACAGCACCUCCCGGUACGUAUCUAAUCCACUUCCGCUUCCUCUCCUGUGAGUCCCAGCUCUUCGGCGAAUCCAGUGCAUGCCGCGGUCGGGCCGUGGGCUUCCAGGCAUGUUUCGCACAGGUGUCAGACCACGGCCCCCAGAACUCGUCCUUGAGGGCCUUGGCUGGGAUGGCCUGCACGAUGGUAGCGUCUGGCUUCGCUCUUACCGUUGCAAGUUUGCCGAACACCUGCCGGCGCGUGCCACUGCGGCGUCGAGGGGCCCCCUUCCUUGACUUUCGAGGAGGGCUAAGAAGAUAUAGCCAGAACCUUCGAUUUUAAAUUUAGGUCGAGGCUUUGAGG